AUGGCAACCACUAGGGAACUCCUGACCAUGCAUCCCCAGCAGAUGUCCGAGGACCAGCUCGCCCAGCUCAAGACGUCGCUCGAGACGCUCAACUACACCCAGCUCCGACAAUACGUGCUCGGCCGCGUCAAGCCCCUCAUCGAGAACGUCCGCAAGCACAUCCAGGAGGACCCCGUCGGCUCGGUAGAUCAAGUCCUCGACUUCCAGGACGGCUUCUGGUCCAAGGACCUGAUCCAGCGCGUCCGCUGGAACCUCGCCCAGUUCAGGGUAAACGAGAAGAACCCCCGCAGAGUGCCGACCAGCAGAGCGAAGGAGGCGCUGGAGCUGAACUACAUGACCGACUACUCCUUCCGGCGCAUCGUCUACCCGAUCGUCGCAGACCUCGCCAAGGCUCUUUAUCUCCGCGCAGAGGAAGCUAACCGCCGCAACACCGACGCUUCGGUGCGCUAUGUCCCGCUUCUUGUCAUGUUCAACCAGCAGAACACGUUCGGCUAUCCGCCCCGCGUCGCCUUCCUCGUGACGCCUGCCGUCAUCACGUUCCUCCGCGGAUGGAAGGUCUUCGCCGACGGAGACGACGCCCACCAGCACUACCUCAACGCGGUCACGAGGGACGCGGCGCAGAUCCACGGCGUCCAGUCCGCAGAGCCUGGCGAGAUGCUCUACUGCUUCAACUGGGACCCCAUUUUCGCCGGCACAGAGAGCGACCCCGAGAACCCCCGCAACGCCAUGUUCUCCUUCGGGACGAUGUACGAGCCCGUCUUCAUCUUCCAGAUCCAGAUCAUCCGCACCAGAGAGGGCCAGCGGAAGCUCAUCCACCGCAGGGGAGGUAUGGCGCCCUUCACGAACGACUCGUUCUUCGACCUCACGCGCUACCAGAUCGAGAAGACAGGCGAGGGCUUCAAGAACAGCAAGGACACGUGUUUCCUCUACGCCCUCAAGCAGAGCGGCGUGCUGAGCGACGACGAGAUACGGGCCGCCGCCUUCCACAUCAACCAGGCCUCUGUCACCUUCGCGAUGAUCGACGCCAUCGGCAAGCAGCUCUUCGUCUGCUUCCACAUGCACAUGGCAGACAGGGUCGUCCUCAAGGGCGCGCAGAAGAACCGCAAGGUUCCGCCGGGCGUCGCGAUCCGGAACAUCCACCUGGGCUUCGACUUCAACCACUACUACAUCUUCGACGAGAAGCUCCCCUACAGCAAGACGUACGUGAACAACGCAGCCGUCAUGAUGGAGCACCACACAUACCCCGCGAACACGAACCUGCGCGAGGUCAACGUCAGAGACACCUUCCACCCGCAGACCAGGGAGCCGACGAAGAAGGUCGUCUUCGGCUACCACCGCGACGACGACCCCCAUACAUGCUCGAGUCGGGACCUCAUCCUCUCGCUCCACAAGCAGGGCCUCCUCAAGCCCAUCCGCUCCGACAGCCUGCUGGCCAUCAAGGAGUCCUUCAUCCGCGAAGAGCACUACGAGGAGGACGCGCUCAACUACUGCGAGGACCAGCUGAAGGAGAUCACGCCGAAGAAGAAGACCCAGUCGCCCAAGGACGUCUGGUUCGCAGACUUCGAGACGACGACCGACGGGGACCAGCACCACCCGUUCCUCCUCUGCUUCCACGGGAUCAACAACGUCACGGGGACGUACUGGGCGAAGGACUACAACAGCAUCGGGGACAUGGUCCGAGCGGCCUUCAACCGCCUCGCGAUGCUCAACCGGCCCCAGCUGGUGUACUUCCACAACCUCAACUACGACGGGGCCUUCGUCCUCCCGUACUUCGACGUCAAGAAGGACAGCAUCGUCACCCUCGGGGCGAGCAAGAUCAUCGCGUUCACGAUCCAUGUCCGGCUGAGCGACGACCGGAAGAACAAGCCGAUCCCGAUCCACUUCCGGGACUCCUACGCCCUGAUCACGGCUCCCCUCAGCAAGUUCGGCAAGAUGUUCAACCUCAACGUGCACAAGGAGGUCCUCCCGUACUCGUUCUACACCCAGGACAACGUCAAGAAGCUGUGCCAGGGCUUCAAGCCGACGCUCGAGGAGUACCUCUCGUACGAGAUCGAGAGCAGGAGGGAGGAGCUCGAGCAGCUGCUCCGUACGCUGCCGGAGAUGCUGGUAAUAGACAGGGUCGACGCCUUCAAGUACGCCCACUACUACUGCGCAAGAGACUGCCACGUGCUCAAGGACGGGGUGAUGGGCUUCAGACGCCAGCUCCUCGAGGUCACGGGCAUCGACGCCUUCACAUCCAUGACGCUCCCGAGCAUUGCCUACAACUUCCUCAUCAACGAGAAGUGCUUCGAGGGCUGCUUCAACCUCAACACGGCGCCGCUCCUCUUCGUACGCCAGUGCGUGACGGGCGGGCGCUGCAUGCUCCGGUGCAACGAGAAGCAGUACGUCGAGGGCGAGGUCAUGGACUUCGACGCCGUCUCGCUGUAUCCGUCUGCCAUGGCGCGCCUCCACACCCUCAUGGGCCACCCGAAGAUCGUCGACCCCGAGAAGCACGACCUCGGCUGGCUCCUCCGGCAGGACGGCUGCUUCCUCGAGAUCGACAUCGAGGUCGUCCCGAAGCAGCUCGACUUCCCCCUCAUCAACAGGCAGACGGAGAAGGGGAGGCACUUCUCGAACGAGCCGGGCCCGAUGUUCGCCGACAACAUCACGAUCGAGGACAUCAUCGAGUACCACAAGGUCCCGAUGAACCGGAUCAGGGUCCUCCGGGGCUACUACUACGACGAGGGCAAGAACACGAACAUCCAGGCCGUCAUCCGGAAGAUCUUCGAAGCGCGGCUCAAGUUCAAGGCGGAGGGCAACCCGCUCGAGAGCAUCUACAAGCUCAUCAUGAACAGCUGCUACGGGAAGAGCAUCCUCAAGCCCGUCUACAAGCGGAUGAACACGGUCGACCACGCGGGCCUUGAGAGAGAGCUCCUCGACAACUCGGCCGAUGUCCUCUGCUGGGAGCCGCUCUACGACGGCGGCCGCUUCCUCCUCAAGCAGAGCAAGCCCCUUCUGGAGGCGAACAGCUUCCCGACGUUCGGGGUCCAGGUGCUCUCGAUGAGCAAGCGCAUCAUGACGGAGGUGAUGGCGACGGCCCAGGACCACGGGCUCCCGAUCUACUACACAGACACGGACAGCAUCCACAUCGACAAGGCGUCCAUCGAGCCCCUCCGGAACUACUUCCACGCGCGCUUCCAGCGGGAGCUCAUCGGGAAGAACCUCGGCCAGUUCCACUCAGACUUCCCCGACAGCCCCUCCGGGGAGAUGUUCGUCAGCCGCUACUUCAUCGGCGUCGGCAAGAAGGCAUACCUCGACAUCCUCCAGGACAGCCAGAACAACAUGAGCUACCACGCGCGCCUCAAGGGCAUCCCCGAGCAGGCGAUCCUCAACGAGGCCCGGCAGCGCUGCUCCCACAACUUCCUCGGCGGGCUCUACAACCUCUACGCGGACCUCUACAACGGCGUGCCCCAGACCUUCAACCUCAUCUACGACGGCGCGGUGCGCUUCGUGCGAGACGCCAGCCUCGCCUACCGCUGCAGGGACGACUUCAAGCGGAGAGUCAUCUUCGAGAGGGAGCCCGAUGAGCCCCUGAACAUAUCAAAGCUGAUGCAGUAA